UUACUUUGUCGGUGGUGGUCCGGUUUGGGAUUUUACGCUUAGUUUCACCAGUGAAGAUGCUAAAAAGUUAAGAAUUGUUGGUCUUGGAAACGUAUAUACUAUCCACAAGUCGAUACUUGCUGCAAAACUAAAUGGGACGAUGAAAAAAUUAUCUGCGAGGACGCUCAAGGUGUGGCUGGUAAAGUAGCACAAGGUAGAGGACUGGAGCCCCUCAGCCCUUCCCUUGCAGAGUCCGUGUUUGUUUGUUUUUUUUCUGACUGGACUCAACCUGCAAACUUGUGAAUUCAUGAUCACAUGACCGUGGAUAUGGACGCAGUCCUGUCCGACUUUGUCCGUUCCACUGGAGCUGAACCAGGAUUGGCCAGAGACCUGCUGGAGGGCAAGAACUGGGAUUUCACUGCUGCCCUCAGUGACUUUGAGCAGCUACGACAGGUGCACGCUGGGAACCUGACGUAUUCGUUCGUAGAAGAUAGGACGUAUCUGCCUCCCGAAAAGGAGAUGGCCAGGGUAGGGCGGCCUAUACUCCACCGCCAAGAUGAGGUGGUGCAAGCAGCUACAGAAAAGCGUCUGUCGAGGGGCAUUUCUCACGCCAGUUCAACCAUCGUGUCCCUGGCCCGCUCUCAUGUCUCAAGCACUGGAGGUACCAGUAGUGAGCCACUUCUGGACACGCCCCUGUGCACUUUCCAACUACCAGACCUCACCGUGUACCGGGAUGACUUCCGUGGCUUCAUCGAGAGGGACCUAAUUGAGCAGUCGAUGAUGGUGGCCUUGGAGCACGCUGGGCGACUGAACUGGUGGACGAAAGUAGUUUCAAACUGUCAGAGUCUGCUUCCCCUGGCUACAAGCGGAGAUGGAAAUUGCCUGUUACACGCAGCCUCGCUUGGUAUGUGGGGUUUUCAUGACCGGGACCUGAUGCUACGGAAGUCUCUGUAUGCGCUGAUGGAUCAUGGGUUGGAGAGAGAGGCACUGAAGCGCAGGUGGAGGUGGCAGCAGACCCAGCAGAACAAAGAGUCGGGUCUGGUGUACACAGAGGAGGAGUGGCAGAAAGAGUGGAAUGAACUGUUGAAGCUAGCCUCCAGUGAGCCGAGAAUACACUACAGCACUAACGGCACCAACGGGGCGGAGUCCUCCGAUGAACCAGUUUACGAGAGUUUGGAGGAGUUUCAUGUCUUUGUCUUGGCUCACGUCCUCAGAAGGCCCAUAGUGGUGGUGGCUGACACCAUGCUGAGGGACUCAGGAGGGGAGGCCUUUGCUCCCAUCCCGUUCGGAGGCAUAUACCUACCGCUGGAAGUGCCAGCUGCCAAGUGCCAUCGCUCGCCCCUGGUCCUGGCGUACGACCAGGCGCACUUCUCUGCCCUGGUCUCCAUGGAGCAGAAAGACAGCUCCAAAGAGCAAGCAGUUGUGAUCCCUCUCACUGACUCAGAGCACAAAAUGCUGCCUCUGCACUUUGCUGUGGACCCUGGGAAAGAUUGGGAGUGGGGCAAGGAUGACACAGACAACGUGAUGCUGGCGAGUGUGGCUCUCUCUUUGGAGGCCAAGCUCCAAAUGUUGCACAGCUACAUGACGGUUACCUGGCUGCCCCUGCCUUGUGAGCAAGCCCCUCUGGCCCAGCCCGAGUCUCCCACAGCAUCAGCAGGAGAGGAUGCCCGCACGCCUCCUGACUCAGGAGAGUCAGACAAGGAGUCAGUCAGCAGCAGCUCCAAUGGCAAUGGAGACACAACCACAGGAUCAGCAGUUAACGGAGGUGUCUCCUUGGCCAAGAACAGCUCCUCUUCCUCAUCUAGUUCCUCCAGCAGCGGAUCGGCUGGGGUGGGAACAGGAACAGCAGGGAAGGACAAAACCAAGAAGGAGAAGGACAAGGAUAAAGACAAGAAGAGGGCAGACUCUGUGGCCAAUAAGCUCGGCAGUUUUGGCAAGAGCCUGGGCAGCAAGCUGAAGAAAAACGUAGGCGGGCUGAUGACAGGAAAGAACGCUGGAGCUGGAGGCGUCAAGCAGGAGGGUGGGGAGAAGAAGAAGGGCUCGUUUAGGGGGAGGAAGGGCAGCAAGGAUGGCUCGCCUUCAGCCCACACUUCAGAGGAUUCUGGGAAAGGCUCCCCCUCCUCAGGUAGCGAGCGUCUCAACGGAACAGGGAGCAGUAUGAGCAGCAGCGGUGGCAGCAGUACUGAGAGUGAUACCUACAAGUACAGCGCUGAUGUCAAGGUCAGCCUGGGCAUCCUCCGAGCCGCCAUGCAAGGCGAGAGGAAAUUCAUCUUUGCCAGCCUUCUCACGACCAGCAACCGGCAGCCCUUCCAGGAGGAGAUGAUCCAGCGCUACCUCAGCGAUGCAGAGGAGCGCUUUCGGGCUGAGCAAGAACAACAACGUCGUGAUGCAGAGAGGAAAGCCGUCACCAACGGCAUCCAGAUACCUAAGAAGGAGACAGUUGGUGGAACAGAGCUGACCUAUCGGCCUUAUGAGGCGAAAGAGGAGCUGUCCGAGAACUCGUCACCUUCCUUCAACCAACUAAAGCCCUCUCCUUUGAGCCCCUCUAUGUACUCUGCUGUUGUGCCCAUCCCCCGGCCCUCCUUCAUAGACCAGCCUCCUGCUGCAGCACCCCUCACACAGCACCUUCAUAUGCACAGCUACGUGGAUACUCGGCGCCAGCUAGCCGGGGGCUCCCCGGCGACGUCCUACCCCGGCCUCCCCUCAUACGCCACCCUUCCACGGCACUGCCCCACAACACAGGGCCCCUCCCAUCCCCAGUACAAUAACUCACAAGGCCCGGCCUCCCUGAGUCCCUCUCGCCUUGCGCCCUCAUAUCCCCCUGAGUUUGACCCACCAGACUACCCUGGGUCUGAAGCCCCCGGUGGGAGUUACACCAAUGGCUUUCGGGACAUGCGCGCCAACCUAGACUCUCGGAGUGGGCAACCCCCAGUCAGACACUACUCACUGGGCAGCGCCGGUGGUUUGGCCAACCUGCAGUCCAGCCGCUGUCGGACACCCAGCUGCACCUACUACGGACACCCUGAAACGGGCAACUAUUGCUCCUACUGCUACCGGGAAGAGCUGAAAAAGAGGGAGCCAGAACCAGCCAUCCACAGGUUCUGAGUGGACCUUGCUAUGGCUUGAAUUUGAUGAGUGGCCUUUUUCAGUAAAAAAACAAAAACAUGGCUGGGGCGGAUCAGCUUCUAAAUGGACAAGAGAAAGGCACAACCAGCUCCCUCCCUUUUUUAGCUGCGUCACUUCCUGUCGGUGUAGACCUCAGAAACUGGCAGAGAGUCAACGCGACUACAGAAUAAACAGGGUGGUUUCUGACUGCUGGGGUCACAUGUUAGACCAUAGAAUAAUCUAACUGCACUUCUGUUACAUUUUGCUGUGGCUCUUAUGCAGGCGUUAUGUAUGAGUGUGUGUGUGUGUGUGUGUGCGUGUGUGUGUGUGUCUGUGUUUGUGUGUGCAUGUGUGUGAGCUGCAGGCUCUCCUCCUUUAUCAGAAUUUAAUGCCUUGCUACUGUCUCCUCCUAGUGGAGAGAAUGUAUAUGGCAGGCACUAUACAUACUGCUCAUCAACAGACGUACAGUACAUGCACACAUAAAGUAAGUCACACUCACACUACUUCAUACACAGUGAUGCAAGCACAAACAGAAAAGGCAUGAGUGUCUCCACUCCAUACGUGGUCUGUGAUAAUGUUUGGAUUGGUUAAUUAAGGGAUGUUUGCGCAUUUUGAAGUCACAUCCGUUUAGAGUGAUUUUAGUGUUCUACAGAUUUUACACUACUGUUAUUAGAUGCUUGCGUCAUAUGUACCUCGGGAAACAGCACAAUUAAUCCUUGUCGAAUUGCUUUUUUGUCGGUCACCAUUUGCAUAUUGCAAACUGAAACUACCCUGCAAUGCUAAUGACUAAGCGUUCUGUGGGCUGCUGUGGUGCUAAUGUUACCAGAAUGCAAACACAUUAAUGUCCAUGCAUCGAAGACAACUGCUCUGCACUGUUACAAGUGUCUUUUUGGCAAAAUAAGUAUCUCCUAAAAAUGUUUUUGUCCAUAUACAUAUAGUUACAACAACAACAUAUAGUUAUCAAUUGGAUGAUGGAGAUGUCGACCUGUUGAAGACUGAAUGCAUAUGGUCACACAGUUAACCAGGCAUUGAAGAAAGACGACAGAGCACUAUGUAUCAUACUGUCCCCAGAGCCUGAUCCACAGUAUUUCUUAUGUUUGUUGGAAUGUCUCUCUUUCUCAAUUGGGUCUUCCUCUCUCUGUAACACUUGUUGGCAUUGAGGCAUUUGAUUAUUGUGGCCAACCCAGGCAUGCAGUACCAUGUAGUACCACACACUACAAAGUCAAAAUGUCACAUCCAGCAUAACAGAUUUUGGAGACACCUGCCACGUGCGUAACAUGCUGCUAAGUUACAUUAUUGAAAUGUCACAUAUUUGGAUUUCAGAAGUGAAGCGAAUUAACUGAUUUGUUAUUGACCGUGUGACUCGACUUGCUCAAACGCAGUGAAAAUGUCUGCAGUUGUGACGAUUGUCUCCUAUUUCUGUUUGCGUGAUGCAAACGGCCGCAUGCACUUCUGUUGGACGUUGAUACCCAAUAGCAUUCGUAUUGUUCUGACAAGUUCUCGUAACAGGUCAUUAUUCUGAAGCUCGCUGUUUUGAAAUGACAAACCCUCUGCGCUCUGAUGGUUGAGAAAUGUUAAACAUGUUUCAUACAAUCUCGUGAUCACACAAAUGGUUAACUUCAAAGUCAUACGUUCAAGAUGUCCUUGCUGAUAGGACAUCUUAAUGCUGAUAGGUUUGGUCGCCCACUGCAAAUUCUGAAGUUCUACUGAAGGCGGUUUCUUAGUUUCUGGCGUUUGUCCUGCUAAAUCCAGUUGCGUUAUCUCUUUUUGCACAAAUUCAAGCACUUUCCUGAUGUCCGUACUUAGGAAACUUUUUACUGUUUUUGAAGUGGCCUGACUGUUGUCCCUUGUUCAUCUCUACAGACACUGCCACCAUUGUUUAUGGGAAAUCAGGGGCACAGGUCAGAGGGGUUUCUCUAAAGGAUUCAGUUAAUGUAGAACUACAGCAUUUUGGUGCCAGUGUCACCAUCUAACUCAAGUUUCCUAGUUGCCUUUUUCAGCAUUUGUCCUCGUGGCAUCACAAUCCUGUUUGUCCGUUGUGCAAGAUGAACAUGAACUGCUUGCUUCUUUGCCUGCAGUUUCUGCUACUACUGCCCCAACAUAGAAAAUUCUUCUUAUUUUUUUAAAAUUAAGCUACUAGAAUGAUGAUAUUAUUAUUUUUCAAUUAGGCAUAUCAAUUAGUUGAUACAGAUUGAUGUUCUGUUUGAGUCUUCCUUAUUAUAAUUUCAAAUUCAAGGCUGUUUUAGUUGUACAAAGGUCAAAAUGACUACUUAAAUUUGUUGUUAUUUCCCCUAUGAUAAGCCAUGGUGACUCUAGUUGCUCUACUUUUGUUGAUUGAAUCUGUUCUUUGGCAUUAAGUCUAGAAAAGCACAAUUUAGUAUGCAAUUCACUGCCUUGCCCAGUUGGGGGCACUCUUGUCUUUCUUUAAACUCAGUGUUAGGAGCUUACCCUUGUGACCUGCACUCUAACUACAAACAAAAAUAACCAAAAUAUUGGGGAAUCAUUUUCAGUAGUGCUAAUUAAACACUAUUUAACACUAUAUUACAAUAUUUUCUACGUUGCAAAGGUUGGUCCAAGAAGAAGGGAGUCUUUUUGCUGUGCAUUUAAAGUAACACUAGAGUUUUAAUGAUAAUAAAGCACUAUUUCCCAAUGCUAUUUCCCAAAAAACAUUUGCAUUUGCCGUGUUUGCGUGUGUUGACAUGUGUCCAUGCAUUUGCAUUUUAAUUCAGACGAGACUCAUGAAGUAUUACCUUACUGUGGUAAGGUGAUGUCUGUUUAUAGAAAAACGUCUAUGUGUGCAUACUCGCUUUCCAGCCCUCCAAAGUGAUAAUUAGCUUACAAAAUCAUUUUUUAAGUUGAUUUUCUGCAAUGAAAUGGAUGCCUCAGAAACAUGUAAAACAUCAGACUUUACAGGCUACAAAUACUUUUUUUGUAUUUAAAUAAAAAAACAGUGAGAGGUUGUAUAAAUAUGUUCCAAGUUAUUUUUGUAAGCCCAAAGUUUUCCAGUGUAUUUAAAAGGGUAAGAAUGUAUAUUGUUGGAUACUGAAACAGGUAUGGAUGAUAAGCUUGUAAGAAGGAGUAGAAUUGGUGUUAACCAGGAAGUAACAUUUUGGCGUCGGAGGCGACUCCCAGACGGGCCUCUUGACACUCGAGGCUCUCUCAUUGCAAACUAAUUUCCUCAGUGCUGACCUAGCAAGAUACCAUUUAAGAAUAUAUAUUUAUAGUGAGAUUUUUUAAUAGGUUUCCUUGUGGAAUGUUUAGUUGCGACAUUUUAGGAUGUUCUUUCUCACAUGGCUAAUCGUCUAGCAGUCCGGCUUUUAUUUGUUUGUUGCUUUUUUGAUUUGUAAAUUUUGUUUACUUUUUUCUACAACCACCAAUCCGUGCUAUGCUAAAACAUGACGAUAACAUGUUCUUGUUGACCCAGCUCGUUUCCUCCGAACCAGAAGUGAAAUGGCUCAGAAUUAGUUUUGCGACACAGCUGACCCGAUAUAUUUUUAUAUAUUGUACAACACUGUAAUUUCUGUGUGGACAGAAUAUUCAUCAUCAGUGACAUUAACAUGGAAUACUUCGAGUUGCAUGGGACUGGAACUGUUGCAUGUAAAUGGCGAUCCAUUUUACCAAAUUUGUGCAUUAUUUUAACUUGAUUUCAUUUGUCCUGGUAUUUUGAUCUGUUUUCAUUUUUUAUCGUUUUAAUGUUUUGGGUUUUUUUUUUU